GGACUUGUUUCCCUUCUUGAAUAUCGGUAUAAUAAGUGACUUACCCCAGUCUGAUGGAACUUCCUCUGAUUCCCAGACUUUGCCUAGUACCUCAGUUAAUCUACAAACUUGUAUGUCACCCCCAUAUUUAAACACCUCCGGAAUAAUUCCGUCGGGUCCUGCCGCUUUGCCUCGUUUCAAAUUACUGAUAGCUUUUGUAACCUCACCUACAGACGGCGGACCAGUGUCUAUAUCCCAUUCGGGUACGUGGUGGAUGGCAGGGAGGUUCAGUGUGGCUGUAGGCAAGUUAAAUUGUUCCUCAAAGUGUUCUUUCCAGCGUUCAAGGCGUCUAUCCUGAGAGCUAAUUAAGGAGCCAUUUUUCUCAGAAAUAGUCUCACUUAUGAAUUGCCUUCUCCCACCCGAAUCUGUGAUGAGUCUAAAGAGUUGCCUAGUGUUGCCUAUCGCCGAUGCUUUUUCCAUCUCUUUUGCCUUUGUCACCCACCACUGUUCACGGUCCUUGCGGAGACUUUUAGUAAGUUUCCUUUUGUGCAGCUUUCGCUCCUCAUUGAAUUCGGAGCUCGCCGGAAUAAGUCUUCUAGCAUCCAUCAGUUCGGAUGAGGCAGUCGAAAUCCAGUGGUUUUUACUCACCUUUGGAUUUGCCUUAUUCACAGCUUUUACAGUUGUAUCUAUAGCUGACUGAAUAUUCUUCCAGGCUUCUCCAGGGUGAGCACAGCUGUCGAAUUCAGAUAUGCGUUUAGCUAGUUCUUCCUCAAAUACGGAUUUAGUUUCCUGAUCGAGCUGGGGACGUGAUGGUUUUGCCGCUAGCUGUUUCCUACGUCCAUUCAGUCGUAAGCACACACGAGCCCGGACCAGUGCGUGAUUGGUAUCUACGCACGUGUUCCAGAAGGAGCGACAAUCUCCUACCGACCCACGCCAACGAUAGCUUAUUGCUAUGUGGUCUAUUUGUGUCCAGCGUUGGCUUGAUGAAGGGGGUCUCCAAGUCAAACAGUGUCUCUCCUUGUGUUUAAAGUUAGUGCUUACAAGAAACAAAUGAUUAUCAGAGCAGAACUGUAGUAGACGGUCACCGUUGUCGGUUCGCUGGCACGGAGCUCCAUAGGUGCCACCGACAUCCUUCUCAGAUUGACACAAUUUCCCUACUUGAGCGUUAAAGUCACCAUCUAGAACGACUAUGUCUGAGCGUUUAGCCUUUCGCACCAAACUAGACAGCUUUUGGUAGAACUCAUCCUUCGUUUCAUCUGAACUGCAGUCAGUGGGGGCGUAGGCGGAGAUUACGAAAAGGCAUCGGCGAGUAGUGCAGUCCUUUCUCCUUUUUACUGAUCCGUUCAGACGGACAGCACACAUUCGGCUAUCUACCGGGAUCCAGUCAAGUAAUGUCUUUUCUGCCCUAGUACUCAGAGCUGUCCAUACGCCGGCUAAUCCCCGUGAACUAGCUGUGGCAUCUCCUGACACCCUCAGGGUGAAUUUUGCAGAUUCAACCUGUUGGCCAGGUGGGGUUAGGUGAAUAACCACACUUGGGUCUUGUAUGCGUGUUUCUGAAACACAGCAUACAUCUAUGGCUCGAGAUGCCAGGGUCUUAGCUAGUGAUGCUUGUUGUCCUAUUUGGCAAAGUGUCCUAACAUUAAAUGCUUCUAUAUGAAAUUGGUGGCGUGGCUUUAGGAGACUAUCCGUGGUGGUUUUUUGGCUUUCGUCGUUUUUAGUGGACACAGAGUGAAGAGGGAGUGUGGAGCCAUCAAGUAGAGGAGUUUUAUCAGUGGGAGAAAGACAAGGCAAUGGAGAUGAAGACAAAGGUGUGAGCGGAUCAAUGAGGGGAAUAUUAGUACCGGUUGAUCUGAAUGGCGGGUACAUCAUGCAUUCUAACGGAGAAGAAGAGAGUGAUGACGACGUAAUUAUAGUACAUGAAGAAAUUGCAGAUAGACGCAGUGAGAAUAAAAAUGGUACUGUUAAAGCUAACCAGAGCAGCAACUGUCACAGUCUUACUAACAAUGAUGUCCAGUUGCAAGGGAAUCUAAAAUCAGAGGAAAUAAAUAUUAUAUCGGUGUAUAAACCGCCUGGGUGUCCUGAUGCAAUAAAAUUAACAACUGUGGAUGUUCUGUGCCUUUCACCUGGAGGUCUUUUAAACGAUUCAAUAAUCAAUUUUUAUCUGAAAUAUUUGUACUAUGAGAAACUGACAGACUAUCAGAGGCAUGCUACUCACCUGUUCAAUGUGUUUUUCUAUACUCGAUUGACAUUUGAGCAUCCGUCGACUAAGAUAAACACAGAAGAAGUAAUUCAUGCUCGACACACUGGUGUAGCCCGAUGGACAUGUGGAGAUGAUAUUUUCAGUAAAGAUUUUAUCAUCAUUCCAAUUAAUGAGCAGAACUUUUUUAGUGGUCACUGGAUUGUUGUUAUUGUUUGUUAUCCUUGGAUGGUGGGAAUGCUCCAUGAUGUACAUGCUGAUGAAGACGUUGACUGGUUCAAAUUAAAGGAAGAAUUUUCUGAUGUUGACCAUAUUGAAUUUCCCCAGAAUGUAGAUUUAUCAACUAAUUAUGAAGAAUGUGUUGACAAAAUGCCUAUAGAUGAUAAGGGUGAGGCAUUUAAUCGGUGGAGAAAAAGACGUCUAGCCUGGCUUCGAAAGAAUGGUUACAAUCCGAAGUACGUUGUUUGUCUUCUUAUGUUGUCUGUACCUGUUCAUUUUGUAGAGGAGUAACAAAUCAAUCUGUUCUAUUGUUAAACACAGUCAUGAAAAAUUCUGAUUUUCUUUUACUUGAGAACAUGAAAAUAAUUGAACG